UGUAAACUGUAUGUAAACUUCCCGAAAAUCUGACUCAGACCUGUUUAGCCUCCAGUCAUCCCGGGGACAGCUUCUGCAGCGAGGAGACCGUGUCUGUGUGUCUGUUUGACGUUACCGUCCUGUGUCGCAACCCGGCCGACUCUGUUUAAAGUUUAAAGGCUUUUCAUCCAGGACCAUGCCACCGAAGAGACGAGCUGCCUCUGCUGCCAAGGCAGGUGGCAAGAAGGCAAAAAAACAGGAGCCGGAGACACCCAAGCCUAAGGAUGCCUUCACCUCUGCAAAAGAGGCCCUUCUGGCUGCAGGGCCACAGGUGAAAGGCAAGAGGAAGGUGGAUGAGCACUGCUCAGUGUCAGGAGAGGUACACGAGGACUACGACUGCAUGCUCAAUCAGACCAACAUCGGGCAUAACAAUAAUAAGUUUUAUGUCAUUCAAGUUAUUAAACAAAAUAAGAGUUACUACACAUGGAACAGAUGGGGGAGAGUGGGGGAAGUGGGACAAAGCAAACUCAAUGUCUUCAAUAACCCUGAGAGCGCUAUCAAGGACUUUGAGAAGAAGUUUAAGGACAAGACAAAGAACAACUGGAGCGAUCGGGCGAAUUUUGUGUCUCACUCCGGGAAGUACACCCUGAUCGAAGUGGAUGGAGAGCAGGAUGCUGAGGUCAAGGUGGACACUGUCGACGGACAGGGUGCCAAAGUCACCAAGAAUGUCCUACCUUGCACCCUUGAUAACCCCACCAAGAAGCUCAUCGAGCUCAUUUUCAGCAAUGACAUGUUCAAGGAGGCGAUGGAAUGUAUGAACCUAGACAUCAAGAAGAUGCCUUUGGGCAAGCUUAGUAAACUUCAGAUUGCAAAGGGCUUUGAAGUGUUGGAGGAGAUCGAAGGAGCCAUGAACCAAAAAAGUAAAAACUCACGUCUGGAAGAACUCUCCUCAAAGUUCUUCACCACAAUCCCUCACAACUUUGGCCGGAACAGACCGCCAACCAUCAACGACAAAGAGACUGUGGAGAAGAAGAAAGAGAUGCUGAUGGUGCUGGCUGACAUUGAGCUUGCCCAGACUCUGAAGUCAGAGACUGAAAAGGCUCAAGAAGAGAUGAUAGAGACGGUUCCUCACCCUCUGGACCAGGACUACAGUUCUCUCAACUGUCGCCUCACUUUAAUGGACAAGAAUACAGAGACAUUCAAGAUCAUAGAAAAGUACCUGAAAGAGACUGGAAAUGGUUACCGCAAACCAAAAAUUAUCGAUGUCUGGGAGGUCGAUAGAGAGACAGAGGGACGGCGGUUUAACGAGAAUGAAGAUCUGGAGAACCGCCGUUUGCUGUGGCAUGGUACAAACAUAGCGGUGGUGGCAGCUAUCCUGAAGAGCGGUCUGAGGAUAAUGCCCCACUCAGGAGGCCGUGUUGGUCGCGGUAUCUAUUUUGCAUCUGAAAACAGCAAGUCUGCAGGUUACGUGCGCUGCUGUAAAAAUACUGGAGUGAUGUUUCUGAGUGAGGUAGCCCUGGGCAAAGAAUGUACCAUCACUAAAGACAACUCCUCCCUGAAGAAGGCCCCUGCAGGUUAUGAUUGUGUGGUGGCACGAGGAUCAGUGGAGCCAGAUCCAUCCAAGGACACCUUCAUCACCCUGGAGGGCAAGAAGGUGGCUGUGCCUCAGGGUAAGCCUAUAGAGCAGCCCCAGUUCAAAGACAGCUACUUCAGCAACAGCGAAUAUCUCAUCUACAAAGAGAGCCAGUGUCGCCUUCGCUACCUGCUGGAGCUUAACAUGCAUUGAUUUAACUCAAGGAAAAGAAGCAGGUUCCCUGGAAGAGAAAAUAUCCUCAUUCCCUCUAUAUAUAAGGAGUUUACUAAAAAGCUUGGCUAUGCUGUUUUCUUAAAGUGAUAUGGUAACUGUCUUUAUUGUUAUGGUUAUUGUGCAUAUAUCGCUAUCAUGAUUCAUAAGUGACUCAUACUUCUCUGUGCCUUAUAUUUUGCACACUAUAAAUCUGGCCUGGGGGUGGUGGGCUGUGUUUCCGUUGCAAUACAUGCUGACUUACAACAUUUUCCCAUGUAAAACGAUUACUUUCUCACUUCUUUAAAUCUCUUAAAGGCCUUUAGAUAUUUGCACUGUUUUGUUUUAAUAUUUCAUGCUGCACCUUUUGUUCUAUUUGAUGUCUCAGUUUUGGUUUGUGUAGCUUACUUCUUACAUAUUUAAUUAUUAAAUCAGGGUGGUAAUGCUUAUAUAAACCUGUCCCUUAGAGAGGAAACUAUCUUUGAUAUGUAGGAGGACUUAACUGCAUGCCUUGGCAGUUAUAGACACUUUAAUGUUAUGUAGUAGAGCAGAAGUAAAAAUGAUACUCUAUGCAUAGAUAUGUUUACAGACAGAGGUCUAAAGUGCAAUUUGUGGCGAAUGUGCAAGCACUGUUACAAAUCUAUUAUUUAAAGAAAGACCCUGGAAGUUCUUCUGCUGUGCAAAAUAAUGUAACACGUAAGUCAUGAAAAGCUCGGUCAGAUUUUCUUCUCAGUAGGUCUUCUUGCUGUAUAACACUAAAUACCACCACAUGGUGUCACUAAUGAGCAACUCUGUUUGUAAUGUUUUUGCCACAGCAUUUUUGCACUAAGAAAGUACUUGAACCACUAAUUGAUUAAUAAACUUAAGUGCCCCUCCUA